GUCAGUGAGUGCAGCAGAGGAGAGAGGAGCGCGAGAUUUCACCGCGAACGCUUCACUCUCUACAAACCUGUAAAUCCCGGACCGGAAUCCAUGGACAGAUUGGACUGGAUUUGGUUUUCUGUUAUCAACCAUGUAAAUGUCUGGGUCUAAAAUGUGCCUGAAUGAAUCACAGUCUGGGCAAAUGCAAGUGGCAGCCGACAGAGCCGGACUCUGCUGGUGCAGUGUGAGGAGAGAAUUGAGUCAUUGUGAUCAGGGUGUGCUGGAUCUGACCCUGGCCACAACACGGACACGCGAGUGUGAAAUCCAGUUGAAAGGGUCGCAUGGCUGAAGCUGCAAUAUAAAGUAAAGAUGCUCAUCAUUCAGCGCUCGACUUGCAAGAAUCAGAAACAGGUUCAUGAGUGUGGAAAAGUAUAACAGAGUGGCAGGCAGGGGGGGGACUGACUGCAUCCAGGCAUGGUGGACCACAGAAGACGAGAUCCGAGGAGCCACACAGCAGGAGAGGAAGGUGAGGAUCGGAGCAUCUGCCAUUUUGAAAGGCGACCCGUCUUAUUGUUCGCCGACAGAGUUUGGCGGAACAAAACAGUGACAGUAAACAAGAAACGCCCUUUGCAUUCGGGGUGUUGAAUAGCCAAAAAGGGGACCAGAAGCAACAGAAAAGGAAGUGUCACUUUACAUGAAAUGCAUCAGUUGGAUGAAAGCAGAGUCUGCUUGUAGUUUGUAAACGUAGUCUGACGCCGCUCAAGUGGAAAUUAGUUUCAUUUGGUAAGAUCAAAGAACUGCAGCUCAUCUUUUUUUUCGAGAUACAGCUGGAAAUUAAAAACGUCAAAGAUGAUUCUUCAAAGUUAUUAGAAUAUAUUGUGAACAAAAUUGAAAGUAGUCAGACAGAUGUGGUAUAAAUAAAGCAGAGACCCAUUAAUGAAUGGAAAAGAUUCAUAGUGGAGCUUUGAAGCCUUGGCUUGUUGAAAUCAAAGGCCUGAGAGCUAAAAAUGAUUAUUAGUUUUUGUUUUUUGUGUGCUCUCCAUAUCUCUGAGAGAAACAAAUUUGGUCAGUUAAGCUCCGGCUUGGAAAAGGACAACAGCCAAUGCAGCAUGUUCAAGCUGCCCCCCUACUGGGCGGCCCAUGAGCCUGUCGAUAUGGUGCUUUUUUGAUGUUGGAUGGGAAAUAAGAACCCCCCACAACAAACACAGAGAGGGGCUGGAAGAGAAAAAGAGAGGGCAGAAAGGGAAGAACCAUCGACAGAUGGACUUUGUUGUGAUUAAAGAUGGCGGCACUCUUGACUGCAGACUGCGAAGGACUACAGACGAUCCAUAGAAAAGCGGCGGGAGCUGUCUGCGAUCCAGCACAACAAAACCGAGAAGAACACAGCGAGGUGAACCAGCAGGAACAAAUGGAGAGCACUGGUGGUCUAUCAUGGCGCCACAGGAACUUCCAUUUCAUGGACAUGACAGGGACAUUAUCUAUCCUGCAGACCAAUGUUUUUAAUGACUGCAAAAUGGAAACUACAAUAAAUGGACUUACAGCAGGAGGGUGCAUGAGGAGGACAAUCACACUCAAGGAGAUAUUUGGUACUGGUGUACGUAGAGGUCUGGAUCUAAUCGUUGUGUGGUGUGUGCUCCACGGGGACGUGGUCUGCGGAUGCUGGGACUAUGAGUGUCAGCGACAAAAAGGGCUACCUAUCAGACCUGGCAGGCAGCUUCAAUGAGGAUGCUCCAAGACCUCCAGUACCAGGGGAGGAAGGUGAGCUGGUGUUUAGUGAUGGACGCCAGUGCUGUAACUUCUCCUCAAAGAAUGAGAGCCUCAAAUGUGAGGCUUCGGUGGCUAUGCCAAGGAGACCGGACUUGGACCUGGGUUAUGAGCCGGAGGGCAGCGCCUCUCCGACCCCACCCUACUUAAAGUGGGCCGAAUCUCUUCACUCCCUCCUGGAUGAUGAGGAUGGUAUCCAUCUGUUUAGGAUGUUCCUCAAGCAGGAGGAGUGCGUGGACAUGCUGAACUUCUGGUUUGCGUGCAGUGGCUUCCGCAAACAAGAAGCUAAUGAGGGUUACGAGGAGAAGAAGGUGAAGCUGGCGAAGGUCAUCUAUAAGAAGUUCAUCUUGGACAACAAUGGGAUUGUCUCCAGACAGAUCAAACCAGCUACUAAGUCCUUCAUCAAAGACUGUGUGAUGAAGCUUCACAUUGACCCUGCGAUGUUUGACCAGGCUCAGACCGAGAUACAGACUAUCAUGGAGGACAACACCUACCCUUUAUUCCUCAAGUCUGACAUCUAUUUGGAAUAUACACGAACAGGUGGUGAGAGCCCCAAGCUGCACAGCAAUCAGAGCUCUGGUUCUGGCAAUGGAAAAGGGAUGUCGGGGUACUUGUCGACUGUGAUUGAAGGUGAGGAGUGGAGAUGUGACCACGAGUCAGAGGAGCAGCCCCCGUGUGACCCCACACCGAGCAGCCGGCUUACCCAGGAGCUGCUCAUGGAGACGGCACCACAGCGAGUUGCCAGCAGUGCAAGAUUCCAGGACAACCACGAGUACAGGCACACAUCAUGUCGGGAGUCCAUCAACCCUUACUUUAUCAACACCAUUGAUACUAUGGCUCCUGCCACCAGUGCCAACGACAGCGAGCAGCAGAGUAUGUCCAGUGACGCAGACACAAUGUCCCUCACCGACAGCAGUGUAGAUGGGGCGCCACCCUACAGAUACCGCAAACAGCAUCGCCGGGAGAUGCACGAAAGUGCCAAAGCAAAUGGGCGAGUGCCACUACCUCAUAUCCCACGCACAAACCGGAUUCCAAAGGACAUUCAUGUGGAGCCGGAGAGGUUUGCUGCAGAGCUGAUCAACAGACUGGAGGCCGUGCUGCAGGAGAGAGAGGAUCAAGCAGAACUGGAGGAGCGACUGAAGAGAGUUCAGUUGGAAGAGGACGGUGAUGAGCUUGUCAUGUCCACAGCCACAGCAUUCGCCGGUCACAGGUUUCCCCCUGGUGUUUAUCCUCAGAAUUACAACGCUCGCUAUGCAGACAUCACCUACAGUGGUGCUUUACCGAGGGACGCUCACGAGGAGAACCCCGAGAGCAUCCUGGAUGACCACGUGCAGCGGGUCAUGAAGACUCCCGGCUGCCAGUCGCCCAGAGCAGGUCGCUAUUCGCCCAAGUCGCGCUCACCCGACAGUUUCCCGGGAGGGAAAGCAACGGCACUUGGAAUGUCUCUGUCAUCAAGCCAGGGCAAACAUCCGUCCAGGCACGGGCCGAAGGGAGAAUCCAGUCACCUGUACCACCACAAACACAUGCAUCAUACCCACCAUGCGGGCACUGGGAAGCCCAGAGAGCAGGUGGAGGCUGACGCAGCCGUGCGUGUGCACGGCAGCUUUUCCUGGGGCGCGGAGACGAGUCAUUAUGCAUCAAAGUCUCGCAGCUAUGCAGAUGGCAUGGGAUCUAACCCCAUUGAGCAUACAGGUAGCAAAGGUGGCUUGCACUGUAAAAGAGUGUACAAGAAAGGUGAGGACAUGCGGCCUUAUGACAUGCUGGGCUCUGGAGAGGACGUGGAGAAAAACCACAAGAUCCUUUUGUGGCUGAUGGAGGGACAGAAAGAGAUGGUUCAACAUAAGAGGAGCGCGUACGGGAGUACCACUGGGUCCAAGAGGACCACAGGCCACGAGGGCUCGUUGUACCCGUGCGUCAGCAGCACGCAGCUGCGGAACAACGUGCAGCCAUCGCACCCUUUCAUCCAGGAUCCCACCAUGCCACCCAAUCCAGCCCCCAGCCCCCUCACCCAGCUGGAGGAGGUUUGCCGGCGUCUUGAGGAGGAGAAGAUAAAGUCUGCUGUUUUACAGCCCAAACAAAGACAUAAAACCACUAAAAAGACGACAUGUGAAAACACCGUUGUGGCGUAUUACUUCUGUGAAGAGCAGAUACCUUACAGGACGUCCGUCAAAGGCAGAGUCGUCACCCUGGGCCAGUUUAAAGAACUGCUAACAAAGAAAGGAAACUACAGGUAUUAUUUCAAGAAGGUGAGUGACGAGUUUGACUGCGGCGUGGUGUUUGAAGAAGUACGUGAGGACGACGCUGUCUUGCCCAUCUUUGAGGAGAAGAUCAUUGGCAAAGUUGAAAAGAUUGAUUGAAGUGCGUGUUUGAGAAGAAGGAGUGGAAACUCUGCGAUGGAGCGAGGAGCGAGUGGACGAGGAAGAGGAAGAGGAAGUGUUUUUAGGUAAAAGAAACGCCAGAGGGAAAGUAAUGCAGUAAAGGAGAGGAAGAGCAAAGUGACGUCGGGCCACAGAUGUUUAAAAAGAUGAAUGACGAACAAAAAGUGCUACUAAAAAGCUACAUAUUUUUGAUAUUGCGUAUCAGAGGUCAGAGGUUGUCCUUUCUAAAUUGUUCACACUUGUAAUUUUUUAUAUGUAUUGGUACCAGAUUGUGUACAGUGUGUUAAAAGAUAACAAAAUUUUAUAUCUAUUUAAGUAUUUAAAAAUGCUCAUUUUGAAGACGAUCGAAAAUAAUCUAUAGGGCUGAUUAUUAUUUUAUUUUAUUUUGUUUUAUUAUUUGUUUUUCUUUCUUUGUUCAUAGUCAGGACGUGAUUAUUUUAAUACUUUAUUCAACCGAACUUUAUUUUGUAGCAUUGAGCCAGGCUGUACUCGCGUCGCGUUACAUAACCACUGACUGCAACAUUUCUCCUGCAGAGUCAUAAAACAGUACAUUUGUGAAGCUUAAGGUCACUUUUUGGUGAGAAAUAAUAACAUAUUCAUAAUAAUGAUCUAAUAAUGUUUAUACAUUGAAGUUGGUGUCAUACCUUAGGCUUGCAAUAAUGUACACGACACAGGUUAUGCUUAUAUUUCUGGUUUAGUUGUAGGCGAUUCUGUUCAUUUACGCACAUUUAAGUUCUUCACGGCAUAUUUGACCCAGCGCAACACACGAUGCAGUGUUAAUAAUAAUUCGAAUGAUUAUUAUAAUAAUCAGGGUUCCCACACCUUUUCUGGACAUCAAAUUUAAGGACUUUCCAGGAUUAAAUUCCCUCAGAUUCAAGGGCCGUAUGUGCUGACACAUUUAAAGAUGUAAGAACCACUUCGUCCAUGGCGUCCACUUUUGAUUUUGAAGCACGCUCUGCAUAUGGACAAGUGAUUGUCUUUGGGGUUUUGGACGAGUCGGUCAUUGUAAUUUGUCUUUGGGGAGACAGAGAUCUUUUAAUGGCAUCAUUGUUUUCUGUCUUGCUUUACGUUACUCUCUCAUUGUUCU